CCCCCCCCCCCCCCCCAAUGGAUCCGAGCAUAGUUGAUGAUCUUAUUUUCUCUGAAAGUUCUGCCUGAAUAUUUUUCUCCUAAAGCGACCGCACUUAAAACCUGUUUUAGAGAACCUCUCUCUCUCCCCCACCCCGAUCAAUCUUCUUUUUUUUUGUCCCGUGAGCAUCCCACGCUAGCUGUACUCAGGCAGUUUCCUCUUCAACAUAGUACCAUCUGAGAUGGGGCCCUGGUAGGUUCUUCCAGGGGCUCGAGGGACCCCCCACAACCCCGCCCACACACGCUGCCUGCCGACCGUGCAGCCGGUCUGUCUGUCUGUCUGUCUCUCUCUGUGUGUGUGUGUGUGUGUGUGUGUGGGCGUGCGCGUGCGCGAGAGACCCACCGGCACAGGCCUGUAAAAGAAUACCGCACCAAAAAGCACAACCAGUGAUACGGUACUUGCUGAUGGAGCCGAGGUGCACACCUCGCCGCCAAUAAUAAAUUCAUGAACUCUUGGACUUUUUAAACUGGAUGAUGCCGGCUCAUUUGGGGACUUGAGUGUGUGUAAUCGGCUUUAUUCAUGAGCCCUCUGUCUGAGUGUGGGUACGGCCUGGAUGUUGGAGGCCCUGAGUGUGUUGGAUCGGCUGUUGCGGUGAUGAGGCAGGUCUCCUGGUGGCCUGUGUGGCUGGCUGGGCAGUGGCCCAAGGUGAUGUGAUGGGGUGCAGGAACAGCAAGGUCCUCCCUGAGCCUCCAGGGGAUGUUCAGUUGGACCUGGUCAAAAAGGUCGAUCCUCAGACAGAUAUCUAUAAACACUUCAUACGAGGGGAUGGCACUAGGAGCAAGAUGGGUGGGGCCGGUGGAGGGGGAGGUGACAAGGCUGACUCCACCUCCCCGUUUCAGGCCCAGGCCCAAGCGGCCACUCCCACCGCUUCCACCCAGCCCCCCAAGGACCCGUCCGAUCUGUCGGACCCUCAGCGGAAGAAGGUGGCGAAAUAUCGAGCCAAGUUCGACCCACGGGUCACGGCCAAGUACGACAUCAAGGCCCUGAUCGGCCGCGGGAGUUUCAGCCGGGUCGUCCGCGUGGAGCACAAGAGCACGCGGCAGCCGUACGCCAUCAAGAUGAUCGAGACCCGCUACCGGGAGGGGAGGGAGGUGUGCGAGUCCGAGCUGUGCGUCCUGCGGCGCGUCCGCCACACCAAUAUCAUCCAGCUGAUGGAGGUCUUCGAGACGGCGGAGCGCGUCUACAUGGUGAUGGAGCUGGCCACCGGAGGGGAGCUCUUCGACCGCAUCAUCGCCCGCGGCUCCUUCACCGAGCGGGACGCCACGCGCGUGCUGCAGAUGGUGCUGGACGGCGUCAAGUACCUCCACACUCUGGGGAUCACCCACCGGGACCUGAAGCCGGAGAACCUGCUCUACUACCACCCCGGGUCCGACUCCAAGAUCAUCAUCACCGACUUCGGUCUGGCCAGUAGCAGGAAGAAGGGAGACGAGUGUCUGAUGAAGACCACCUGCGGCACGCCGGAGUACAUCGCCCCCGAGAUCCUGGUGAGGAAGCCCUACACCAACGCUGUGGACAUGUGGGCGCUGGGGGUGAUCUCCUACAUCCUGCUGAGUGGAACCAUGCCCUUCGAGGACGACAACCGCAUGAGGCUCUACCGGCAGAUCCUCAAGGGGAAGUACAGCUUCUCUGGAGAGCCGUGGCCCAGCGUGUCCAACCUGGCCAAAGACUUCGUGGAGCGCAUCCUGACGGUGGACCCCAGCGAGCGGCUCACGGCGGGCCAGGCCAUCAAGCACCCGUGGGUGGUCAGCAUGGCCGCCUCCUCCUCCAUGAAGAACCUGCAGCGCUGCAUCUCUCAGAACCUCCUGAAGCGGGCGUCGUCGCGCUGCCACAGCACCAAGUCAGCGCAGUCCACCCGCUCCAGCCGCUCCACCAAGUCCAACAAGGCCCGGCGGGUGCGAGAGAAGGAGCUGCGCGAACUGAACCGCCGCUAUCAGCAGCAGUACAACGGCUGAAGACGGGGACGGACAGCGAACCUUUGCGAUAGCUUCCACCCUUCGAAGAUGCUGCCAGGUGUUGAGAGGCCAAAGUGGCUUCGAGUCCCAAAUAAUUACCCUAUAAACAAUAAAAAAAAAUGACUUAAAAGACCAAAACAGUUGAGUUUCUGUGGCAGCGUGUGUCCUGAUGAGGACAGACGAGGACACGCCAGUCAUGUUUUGAACUCCCGUGGGUGACAUCAUCUCUCCGUCCGUUCCUGCACCUCUUCUUUUUUUUUUUUUUCCUGGCCGGAUGGUGCCACUUCCACUCCUUUCGCUUUUUGUCCUUCCGACCCCUGUGUCUCUACAUAUUUAUUUAUUAUUGUUGACAUGAUUACGAGUCUCUAUUCAAACGGUCACUGGAUAAUGACCUUCCGCGAGGAUCUGUUGAACAGAGUUCUGGGUACUGAAGUUUCUGAGAACAAUGGGAU